AUGUCAUAUAACAACCAUCGUGGCUACGGGAACGCGUACCCCCCGAGUGGGUACUCCCAGAAGCCGUGGAAACGGUCACGGUACCCCGAUCAGCGCGAUGAAGACUCGAGGUCCUCGUCGUCCUACAGUGGACGCUACCAUUCCGAAUACAACAGCCACACGCCUUCAGAGUACCCUCCUUCCCCCAGCUCCAGAGGAAUCAAGGCCGCUAUCGCGUCUAACGGGUCUACGCCGCUAGGAACUGCAUCUGCGGGUACCCCACGCAACCAGUCCACUCCCGAUGCCCGUCUGGGCAACGAGGAACCCGCAGGUACAGACCCCAAAACAGGCCAGAACAGCCACGACUCCAAGUUUCUGAAGUUGAUGCACCACGUCGACUUCAGCGUACCGAAAGAAACACGAUCCUCGGACCCAUCGAAGAACUACAAAGUUAUGUACGAUCCAGAGCUUGAUCCAACGUUAUCGAAAGCAGAGAGGAAGUCCAAACAGAGGAAGCUACGUUUUAAAGGUGAUGGAGUGUCGUCCUCCCAAGUAAUAGAUCCCCGGAAAACCAACAUAGCACAGUACUUCCAGAAACCCAACAAAAGGACGAAAAAAUUUCCCUUCAAACAGUUACCCCAGUCCAAGUUCGUGUUCGACAAGGACUCCUUGGGCCCACCGCCACAAACGGAGUUGGUGGUUUGGGACCUCCCUGCUACCACCAGUGAGGUUUACCUUGAAAAUUAUUUCCGAAGCUAUGGGGACCCCAUCAAAGAUAUGAAAUUCAUCAACGAUCCCAUCAAUGCGGUUCCGCUAGGGGUUGGAACAUUCAAGUUCCAGGGUAACCCCGAAAAGGCGCAGAGAUUGGCCAAAAAAUUGAUUCAAACAUUGAAAGCAGAAAGAGCAAAGAUAGAUGGAGUUGAGAUUCGAAUUGGCUUGAAUGAUCACGAUGGAGAGCUACUCCAAAAGAGAAUUGACUCUGCCAAUGAAAAAUUACGAAUAGCUAAAAACAAAAGAGCAGAGGAGGAUAAGCGCAGAUUGAAACGUCAAUUGGAGGAAGAGCAAAGGAGACAUGAAGAGCAAAAGCGCAUUGACGAGGAAAAUAGAAAGAUAGAAGCAUUAAAGAAAGCAGAAGCUGCAGCUACCUUGAAAGUUGAGAAGUUUCAACCAAAUUCAACAAUGGUUUCCAUCAGACACAAUAACAAGGUUGUGCCAGGAGUAUUUUUACCUUCGGACUUGAAGAAAUAUAUAAAGGAACGGCCAUACAUCUUGAUCCACGACAGGUAUAUUCCAACGAAGCGAAUCCCAUCCCAAGAUUUGAAACGUGCACUCAAUAAGUAUGACUGGACUAGAAUUUUAUCUGAUAAGACAGGUUUCUUUAUUGUGUUCAACUCAUUAAACGAAGCCAAAAGAUGCUUCUUUAAUGAGGAUGGGAGAAAGUUUUAUGAGUAUAAGAUGUACAUGGAAUUAGCAGUUCCAGAAGGCUUUAAUAGAAGUUCCGACAACGAAGAUGAUGAGGGAAUUCAAGCAAAAACCAGAAAAAAUGAUCUUGUUGAUGAAGGUGUUAACAUGUUGAUCAAAGAGUUUCAAAUGUAUUUAUCUAAAGAUAUCAGAGAAAGAAUUAUAGCACCUGUGGUUCUUGAUUUAUUGGGGCAUGACAAAUACCCAGAACUCGUGGAAUCAUUGAAGGCUAAAGAAGCUGCCAUGAAGGUAACGGCACCUGUGGUCAGCAGUAAUGGAUACUUGAAGCAGAAUGCCUUAUCCCUCCUUGCCAAGCAAAGGAAGCAGCAACAGGCACAAACAAGUUUACCGUCUUUCAAGAAAAAGAUCGAAAGACCAAAGGUUAAACGGAACUUGAUUCCAAUGCAACAUGCACUUAACUAUGAUCGUGAAUCUGAAUCUGAGUCUGAUGAUGACGAGGAAGAUUCGAGCAGAUCAGUUACUCCAGUUGCUAGUAAAAGAGACCGUUCAUCAGCACUUACAUCACCCGAUGAUGAGGAAGAAAUAGAAGCAAAGAAGCAUAAGAAGACGAAGCUUCAAAAGUCGUUCUUGUACGAAUCCGAAUCGUCCAGUGAGGUAGAAGAAGAUGCUGGGGAAGAGGUAGUAGACGAAGCUGCGGAUGAGAACGAGAUUGACUACUCUACCAUUGAGGAGCAAUAUCAACCAACAGAAACCCCCUCCACCGUCUUUCCCGAAAGCGAACUUUUGCCUACUGAAGUAUUUGAUUUGGAGGUGUUGCAGGAUGUCAUUAAGGACGAUGAAGAUAUGAGUUUGGCAAUGAAGGUACUCGAGGAAGUGAAGCCCGAGCCCAUUCCAAACAUGGAGUACUGGGCCUGGAAGCAAAUGGACACUAGGAACGCUUCCGAGGAAAUUGCCGAGGAUGUGGACUUGAUCGAAAGCUUGGACCCCAGACUUGAAUGCAGCUCUGGAUCUUUCAGAAGUGAGGGCCAAAGACAAAUCGCAGAUGCAGAUAAGAUCGAGUACUUGCCUCACCGUCGGAAAAUACACAAGCCGUUGAAGACUGUCCAGCACGACUUCGAGGAAGAGGAGGAGGUAUCGAACAAUAACAGUACCAGCACCAGCACCAACAACGUACAAAGUUCGCGUGUGAAUAGGGCAAAGAACCGGAGAUUCGCAGCCGAUAUCACGGCCCAAAUCGGUACUGAAUCGGAAGUGUUGAGUUUGAAUACUUUGACCAAGCGGAAGAAACCUGUGUCCUUUGCUAGAUCAGCGAUCCACAACUGGGGGCUCUAUGCCAUGGAGCCCAUUGCAGCCAAGGAGAUGAUCAUCGAGUAUGUGGGCGAGAGUAUACGUCAGCAGGUGGCCGAGCAUAGGGAAAAGAGCUACUUGAAGACGGGAAUCGGGUCGUCAUACUUGUUCCGGGUGGACGAAAACACGGUGAUCGAUGCCACCAAGAAGGGUGGAAUUGCUCGGUUCAUCAACCAUUGUUGCAAUCCCAGCUGCACUGCCAAAAUCAUCAAGGUGGAGGGCAAGAAGAGAAUUGUCAUCUAUGCGUUGCGCGAUAUUGAUGCCAAUGAGGAGUUGACCUACGACUACAAGUUCGAGAGGGAGACCAACGACGAGGAGCGGAUCCGGUGCUUGUGUGGAGCGCCUGGGUGUAAGGGGUGGCUCAACUAG